UAUUUAUUUAAUCACAGAAAGAUUAAUUGCAUCAUUGUUCCGCUGAGACGAUGGUUUCGGCGGGCUAAAGUUAUAUGAACAGAGGUUUACGCGUUUUUAACGACCGGAGUAAACAAGGCGUAAAUUCAUUAUGCAGUCGUGUUGAUUCCAUCCAUCUGCAGUGUACUCGUGCUACCGUGUUGAAGAAUACGUGCACACGCAAACCUCACUCAGAGACACCAUGAAGUGAAGCAUAAGUGUGUUCUUUUUUGGUAUAAGAGUGACAGAUGUUUAGUUUAGUAGGUAUAUUUGGAAUUUGCUUCUUUAUUAAAUUCGGAAAAAAAAAUUGAAAAUGCAAUCGUAAUAUUAGGAGAGGUUUUAAUUAAAAGAAAUAUCUUCAAAAAGUACAGCAUAAUGAAUUUAAAAUUAAAUAACGACUUAAGAGGUUCAGUGAAUAUGUUGAAGAAAUCCAAAGCACCUGCAUCUUCUGUAAAGGAAGAGCGGCGCCGUACCGGUCGGUACAUAGCUAUCUUAGUGGGCAUAAGUUUAUUCCUAUUGGCUAUGUACCAUGCAUGGGUUCGUAGGAUACCCAUCGUAGCCAGCCUGGUGGUGCCCGCGUUGAUUAUGUUCGUAUAUGUCGCCUGGGUACUAUACACCGCAUCGAGGGAUAAACAUAAGUUGCUGGUGUUAGAUGCUGAGGCGGCAUUAGGCAUACCCUCGCCAGAAGGUACAGAAACCGAUAUCCAAAUAUCCGAGUUGAAUAUCAGUAAUGAAACAUCUCCUGCAUCCACUAAAGAUAUCGCGAAACUGAAUGCUUUGGAUAUUUCAGUUCCAAAAGAUUGGACUGAACAGUCUGUUCCUGUUUACAAAGAAGAUAACAUCAUCAGAAAAGAAGAACCGCGAUUUAAAAUGCCCUUAAUAUUAGUUAACGGUCAACCGCCAGAGGACUUAGAUCAGAAAUGGGUCAAAGUGGUAGAAAAUGUGACAAAUACUGAUAAAUUCAGAGGUCUUCCUCCUAAAAGAAGGCAUAAGCGCAAAUUUUGUAGGAAAAAGCAUCAUGUAUUUAAAAGAUCUUAUUCUAUUGCAUGAAUGCAUUCAGUAUUUUCUUUUGCAUAUUAAAGACAUAAUUGUAUAAGACAUUGCCUUAUAGGAUUAAUGUUUAUACACAACUUCGUCUGCUUGGAUAAAAACAUGUGUCUUCUAAUUCCGAGUAGUAUGUGUACAUAUGCAUUUGGCUGAGCGGUUGGUACUAAAAUAAAAUAAUAGACAAGCAUAUACAUACGCACGCUACCUUUUAUGUAUUUAUGAUGAAUUUAAUAUUGUACUACUAUUGUUUAUUUCAAAAGAAAAGAAUUUCAAUCAUGUACCUAUAUGACUUGUAAUCAAUCAUUUUGUUUGGUUUGUUCACUUCACUUAGAAUUUCAUGACAUGGCGAAGUUGUUUAUAUUUAGAUAUAAGUAGGAAAACUGUUGAAAAUGUUUAGUGUAUUUACGCCUAAACCUUUUUAAAUAUACAUAUUCUUUAUUACAAGUUUUUUAGAAUAUUAUAAUAUGUAAAAACAGUUAUAGUAAGUUUAAUUAAAAUAAGGUUACCUAUAUUAUAAGUACUUUGAGGGUGUUUAUUGUAACAUAUUGUAUACAUUUUUUGUAAUGCUUACUGAAUGACUGAAUUAAUUAUUAUUUAGUUUACUUUACCUUCUAGCAGAACUCUAAUCUGUAUUUUAAUGUUUUAAACAUGUUCAGCCAAGAUUCAUAAAUCGGUUGGUUCGGUCGGUAAUAGAAAUCUUCCUUCAAUUUUGCUAUGCCCGAAUGAUUAAGACUAGACCUACUUAGUAGUAGGUAAGAACAAAUGAUUUAAUAAAACGCCAAUUAACAUGACAAUACAUAAAUAAAGUAGGUAAUUCGUAAUAGCAAUUGGAAAUGUAAGUACUCAGCCUGCGGCUGAAUGAUAUGUAUUCGGGUCCUGUUUGAAGGUAAAAUUUCUCUUUCAAUAUUUUCUCGUUUUCUAUUAUUGUUCUAAUUAUGUUAUAAUUUACAAAUACAGUUAAUACAAGAAUAUUCUGUAUAUUAUAU